AAAACUAAAACCAAACAUGUGUUAUACUUUUCAAAGCCAACAAUUCAACUUUUUGUCCAGAGACACCAAACUUGACCGACCCAUUUCAUGUUAAUAUAUAGCCAUAAGGUAUACUAAAUAAUUACUACAACUCUGAGAAGAAAACAUAAUAAUGGGUUCACAAAAUUGUAUGGAUAGGAAGCACUAUGUUCUGGUGCAUGGGGCAUGCCAUGGAGCUUGGUGUUGGUAUAAGCUCAAGCCACGCUUGGAAUCUGCAGGCCAUAAGGUCACAGUACUUGACCUUGCAGCUUCUGGAACCAACAUGAAGAAAAUUGAAGAUGUUGAUACUUUCUCAGAGUAUUCUGCGCCUUUGUUGCAGCUAAUGGCCACAAUUCCCUCAAAUGAGAAGUUAGUUCUAGUUGGUCACAGCCUUGGAGGGCUGAACAUAGCACUUGCAAUGGAGAAAUUCCCAGAAAAGGUAGCAGUUGGUGUUUUCUUAACAGCUUUUGCUCCAGACACUGAACACCACCCAUCUUAUGUCUUGGAAAAGUACAAUGAGAGGACCCCGUUAGCUGCAUGGUUAGACACUGAAUUUGCUCCAAGCGGAAACAAAACAUCAAUGUUCUUCGGCCCCAACUUCUUGUCCGACAAGCUCUACCAACUGUCCCCUAUUGAGGACUUGGAAUUGGCCAAGACUUUAGCAAGGCCAUCAUCGCUCUUCAUGGAAGACUUGACUAAACAAAAGAACUUCUCCAAAGAGGGAUAUGGGUCAGUUCCACGUGCCUUUAUUGUUUGCACGGAGGACCUUGGAAUUCCAUUGGAAUAUCAGCUCUUGAUGAUCCAAAAUGUUGGGUUCAAUGACGUUGUAGAGGUCAAAGACGCAGAUCAUAUGGUUAUGCUUUGCAAGCCACAAGAACUAUUCGAUUCCCUCCAGCAGAUAGCGACUAAAUAUGCAUGAAUUCACGAAGCAUGUUUUAAUUAGUUUUAUUUCUUGUCUUUGAGUUUGACUUGUGCUAAAAUUUUAAGAUGUCGUUUUAAACCACGAGACAAAUCAAUAAAGCGGAGAGAUAUAUUGCCACUUAUGUGACUUUUUCGGUACA